AUGAAUGAACCCUGUUCAAAAUGGCAUCAUUCAACGCAAUCCAGACUUGCCAAUCAAGGCCCACAAGCGAAUCAAACAACAAGAACAUUUAUACAACCGACGACAACAACAACAGCAUCUCGAAGGAAUACGAAUACGGCAAAACAAAACAAGAUAAUAUUGACGAUCCUGGAGCCCCGCGCAACACAAUCGUGCGUCUCCGAAACCUCAACGAAUUUGUCUUCUUGCAACGCAACAGAACUCCAAACGAUAGCCAUUCAGCUGAAGCCAUCGCAAAGAUUAUUAGUGAUAGCAUCACCUCCCAAUACCGGGCAAUCGAAGAUAGUGCAAAUUCGAAGACAAGCGCAACCGCAAACGCAACAGCAGCAGCAGCAGCAGCAGCAACAGCAACAGCAACAGCAACAGCAAACGCAAGCAAUAAGCUUACAACAGACCCAGAGAGCGCGCUUAGCAGCAAGGUCAAACAGAAUAACAAGAGUUGGUGCCUCAGCAAUCAGGGUACCCUUUUUACCAGGGUUGCCAUCAACUCCGUCUACUGUGAAACAGAAUUCGCUAACAAGGAAAAACUCAAACUUGGUGACUUUAACAUCCCCGCUGAAGAUAGGAUACCUACCGAAAAACAAUCCAAAUACGAUUACGCAAUUAACGCAAACGCAAGAGAUAACCCCAGCGGCGACGAAUACGGCGACCGACACCGUCGACUAUACGACAGUGUUAGAUUUACAAAAUCAAAAUCAGAAUUCGGAGAUAAUAUUGAACUCCGUAGACAAUACAGCAACAAGCAAUUAUACGAAAUUGUGUGUACCACAACAGCAACAAUCGUUGCAUUCAUCUGUGCAAUUUUCGCAAACGCAAACACCAAGAACACUCGCCGCAAUGGCUGGGAUUCAGUUGACAGGUGUCGACGAGCACGUGCCCCCCUCGUCCAUGAGUGGAGCAACGCCUACUGCUACAGUUGAAGAGAUAAAUGUUCCGGUAUUCAUAAAUGAAUAUCAACAGCAGCCAGCAGCUACGUCUACUGCAGCAACAAAUAUCAACUACAGCCUAAUCAGCAGCAGCAUUAGUAGCAAUAACUGCCAUAGCAACAGCAGCGGCAUCGGCAGCGACGCCUACAGUAACUGCGACUACAACAACAGCUACAACAAUAUUAUAAACGGCAACGAAUUUGAAGAUUUUGAAUUUGACAUGGAAAUGUUUGAGGAUAGCAGUAACGUAGAAAUUCGCACCGACAGCAACACCAACAAUACCACCAAUAACAGCAACAACAACAUUAACAACAACGGCAUCGGAAUGGCCAGCGUCAAUGACAACUUUGGUAUCUGCAACAACAACAACGCUGCUAAUAAUAAUAACGAGAACAACUACAGCAUGUACUGCAAUACAAAUGAUGUAAAAAAUGAAUAUGCAGAUCUUCCCCAACAAUAUCUGGAUUCGUGUGAUCCCUUUAAUUUCAACGAAUGGCAACCGAGCCAAGAGUCCACAAUAAGUACCGAACUUUUACCGGAUUUACCCGACAUCAGCGAAUAUGCAGUCGAUUUCAAUAACUACGACGACAUUUUACUCAACUCGCAAAAUCCCAUGUUCCCUUGUGCUUCUGUGUGCAGUAGCAACAACGUUAGCCAACAAAUGGAAUUCGGUAACUCAGAGCCUUUCGUUCCGAAAAUUGAAGACGACGAAAUAUUUUGUGUGGACGAUAGCACGUUUUUAACAUCGACGGAACCGGUAAUAGCUGGAUCUAUUAUUCUACCACCAGUAUCAACAUUUAAAAACCGCACUAGACUGCUCAAUAAGCGAAUGAAGGUGCUCCUACCAACUGCACCGGCAGAAGAUCCACUAUCGACGCCGACUGUACUCGGAGGCAUUGUAGAUCUGCAGGAUGAAAAAAUGGAUAUUGAGUCUUCGAUUUACUUGGGAAAUUCCGUUAAUAUUGGAGAUAUUGUAGAAUGUUUACAAGAUAAUACCAGCCCGUGUACAUACACCGAUGAGGAGUCACCAUCAACACCGCAAAGUGGGCUCUCUUUUACAACAAGCGCAACACUCUACUCACCCGCGCCAUCUAACAUCUCGACCAACCAACAGACGAAUAGCAACAAAAAGAAACGUGGACGUCCCGCUAAGGAGCACAGCGAUCAACCAGAUCCAGCGCAAUUAAAAAAUAUGCCAGACGUGGACCGCAAAAAGCUGCUCGAUCGCGCAAAGAACAAUGAGGCUAGUCGUGUGUCGCGUAGAAAGAACAAGGAACGCGAAGAGGAAGAAAAAGAAGAAGAACGUAAAUUAAUAGAGAAAAAUUUGGUGCUACGAACGCGACGCAAGGAGUUGGCUAAGAUAGAGAAAAAACUGAAACGUGUUCUUAUGCGAGGCGUACCUUUUGCGCUUUAGUGGGAGUGAAUGAAUCCAUGAAAGCAAGAAUUACCACAGAUCUAUUCAUUAUUACAUUUGUUGAUUAUUGGGUACCUAAGCUGCAGUUAGAAAUAUCUGAAAAAAAAAAUUAAAAUUAUACUUCAUGAUAAGCAGCCAAAAAUUUAUAUAUAUUAUAAAUACAUAUAUUUUAAGAUGUAAUUGUUAAGUUGUUCCAAUUAUUAUUACAUGUGAUUGCAUGUGAAUGCACUCCACUAUUAUGUGUUGUUAUUUAAGAGAAGUGGAGAUCUAGAUUUUUAAACACUAAAAUUAAUAUUU